AUGACUGUGCCAGAACAAUCUACCUACAUCUUCCAGGCCGAUGUCUCCAAGCCAAACCCAAAUGUUAUCGAGGGUAAGGGCACCAGAAUUAAGAUUGAGGAUCCUGAAACUGGAAAAGUCAUCGAGUGUCUCGAUGCCAUGACCGGUGCGGCUGUCGGAGCUUUGGGUUGGGAGGACCCUGACGUGCCAGGCUACUUCGCUGACGCAUUAAAGAACUCCACUUACUCCUUCACACCAUUGAUUGCCAACAAGAACGCCGAGGCUCUUGCCAAGUUCUUGAUCGACAACUCUGCCCCAGGAGCCUUUGCUGCUGCUCUUUUUGUCACCUCAGGCUCUGAGGCCAAUGACAAUGCCAUGAAGAUCAUCAGACAGUACUUUGUUGAGAAAGGUAAGCCAAAGAAGACCAAGUUCUUGGGCAGAGAGUACUCUUACCAUGGCUUCACCAUUGGUGCUAUGUCCAUCAGUUGCGGCUCCAGAUCCGAUGCUUUCAAGGACAUCACCUUGUCUGAUGAGCAGUGUCCUGCCAUCUCCGUUUGCAACCCAUACAGAGACCAGGGUGACUUGACCACUGAAGAAUACGUCCAGAAGUUGAUUGACGAGGCCGAGGAGACCAUUCUCAAGAAUGACCCAGAGACCGUGGCCAGUAUCACCAUUGAGACUUUGCCUGGCUCCACUUUGGGUACCAUUCCUCCGCCACCAGGCUACUUGUUAGGUCUCAGAAAGUUGUGUGACAAGUACGACAUACUCUUCCACUUGGAUGAAGUCAUGUGUGGCACCGGUAGAUGCUCGAACGGUAAAUUAAACUGCUGGGAGGAAUUCUUGGAACCAGGUCAGGGUCCAGACCUUCAGUCCAUUGGUAAGACGCUUGGUUCGGGUUACGUGACCAUUGCAGGUGUUCUAGUUUCCCCAAAGAUCAGAAACACCUUUAUCGCUGGCUCAAGCAAGAUUUUCGGUGGCCAGACCUAUGCUUCGCAUGGUAUCAACACCUACGUGGCUUUGAAGAUCCAGGAAAAGAUCAAGAGAGAGAACUUGUCCGCUAACAUGUACAAGAUGGGUAACCUCAUGGGAAAGUUGUUGAAGGAGGAGUUGGCAGACAGUCCCAUUGUUGGAGAUGUCCGUGGUACUGGAGGUUUCUGGGCCAUUGAGUUCGUCAAGAACAAGGACACCAAAGAGAGUUUCCCAAAGGAGUUGGAUGUUGCUCACCUCUACUCAGACAUCGCACUUGUCACAGGUAUCAGCACCAUGGCAUUUCAGGGGGCUAACAAGGGCGCUGGCGACCAUGUACUCUUUGCUCCAGCAUUUAUUAUCAAUGAGGAUGACGUGCACGAGAUUGUUGAGAAGGCCAAGCUUGCCUGUGAUACUAUUUUGAAGAAGUUGACGGCUGAGGGUCAUUACUAA